AUUGGUGCUACGUGUGGACCUGGUUCGAAGGAUACUUAGUAAAGGUUGUAAAUUAAAACAAGCUGAAACAAAAAUGGGCCGGGCCAUCACGUGGCUCUUGGUCGCAUUUAUUAUUGCGAUCUUAGCGCCAAGCGUUGUUGGACAAGCUAACAGCACAGCACAAAAUUCUGGGAAUAAUCAGACGAGUAUUCUGCAAUCAGUUAGUCAAACGAAGCUGUUGGAAAAUCUAUUGGGAAUCUUAGGAGAUGUAGUCAAUAACUUAGGCGGCGCACAAACCACAACAAAUAACACAAACAGUGAGCAAGCAUCAACUGAUUACGAUUAUUAUGAUGACGUCGAGAAACCGCUACUAAGCGGAUGCUUAAAACUUCUUAGAGCAGCCACCAUAGAUCCAAAUACUAGCGAGCCUGGUGUACUAGGUAAUAUUAUACGCACCUUACGGAAUUUACUGGGUAGUCUUCUUGGCGAUCAAACUGGGGACACCACCCAAAGUUCAGGUUUAUUGGAUCUGGAUGUUGUAGCCGAUCUGGUUGGUGACGGUAAGCACAUUACAAGAUGUGAUAUUAAGCAAGGGAAACCACUUCCAUCAACACUAACACCAACAACUGAAUCUUCCACAUCACCAUCAACACUAACACCAACAACUGAAACAUCCACCACACCAACUAGUUCACAGUCAACUAGCGAAGAUCCCACAUCACCAACAACAGAAACCUCUACCACUCCAACCACUGAAUCUUCCACAUCACCAUCAACACUAACACCAACAACUGAAUCUUCCACCACACCAACCAGUUCAGAAUCAACAAGUGAAAUUUCCACAUCACCAACAACAGAAACCUCUACCACUCCAACCACUGAAUCUUCCACAUCACCAUCAACACUAACACCAACAACUGAAACAUCCACCACACCAACUAGUUCACAGUCAACUAGCGAAGAUCCCACAUCACCAACAACAGAAACCUCUACCACUCCAACCACUGAAUCUUCCACAUCACCAUCAACACUAACACCAACAACUGAAUCUUCCACCACACCAACCAGUUCAGAAUCAACAAGUGAAAUUUCCACAUCACCAACAACAGAAACCUCAAUCACUCCAACCACUGAAUCUUCCACAUCACCAUCAACACUAACACCAACAACUGAAUCUCCUACCGUACCAACACUCCCUACAACUGGACCUACAACUAUAUUGUCUACCCUAAUUACGUCGUCUACAAGAGCUGAAGCGACAACGCAACCAACUACGGCAACUUCGACAAUAUUAACAACGCUUUCGACUACUCCAACAGUGCCUUCGACUUUGCCACCUGUAAUAUCAACUCUGUCAACUAGUGUAACGUGUGUGCCAUCAGCAAUAUCAACUUCGUCAACGAGUCUACCUUGUGCGACACAGGCCACUAAUGAACCCACGGAAACGACGACACUACCUACACCGACCCCUGCACCGACCCCGGCACCAAUACCUUUCCUGCCCAUGCCCAUGUUCAAUCCGUAUCCGUGGUUCUACCCAGUCUAUCCUUACCCCUUCCCCUUCCCCUUCCUAUUUUUUGAUUGCUUCCAAGUACAAGACAACACAGCUGGAUUACCAAAUGGCGCUACGCGUAUGCUUUGUGUACCGAGAUUAACGUUUUCACCAACACAACAACUGGUAACCGCUAGGUAACCCGAAGUGGAUAUUUUUUUCGAUACCUAACUUAAUUCCUAAUGUAAUUAUAAAGUAUAGUAUAGUAUGGUUUAAUGUAGAAUAAUUUUUUUAUGCUUUUGGUUCUUGUCAAAGAUCUCUUGCAGGUUCGCUGAAACAGAAGAU